UUUCUCCUUCACUGUGUCUGUUUCUGCAAACUAGGCCAGGAAAGUGUAAACAUCUGGCUCUGUCCAGCGCUUGCUGCCUGUUGAGAGCCAUGACAGAUGGCAGGGGAGUGUAUGCCACAAACGCUUCCAUCGCUAACCGUACGACAGUUGUCCUCCCAAAAUAGCUUUCACUCCGCGACCUUAUAUGUGCAGGCCUUCGGCGUGUGCCUGAGGGGGGCAUCAUGUAUCUGGGCCACACAAUACAGGCUCUUGGCUCAUUGUUGCCGUCUUCCACAAGGCCCGUGGACUGCCCUGGGGACGAGGCCUCUCGGCGCUCCUCUGGAUUACUCACCAUGCAUCUGACGCAGCUCAACCGCGAAUGUCUCCUCCACCUUUUCUCCUUCCUGGACAAGGACGGCCGCAUGACUUUGUCGCUCACCUGUCGUCAGCUGCGGGAAGUCUUCCUGGACCCCCGGCUGUGGACUCUGCUCCACUUCAGCUCGCCCUGUCAGCUCCGAAGGGACAACUUUGUGCUGGGACCCUCGCUGCGUUGCUUGAGUAUAUGCUGGUUCUCCAGCAGGGUCCAGCAGGUUUGUAACAUUGAGGACUGGUUGAAGACUUCCUUUCAGAAGGACAUCUGCAGUAAACACGAGAAACUGGUCAGCACUUUCCUGACCCACGUCUGCCUCAUGUGCCCCAAUCUGCUCUCUCUGACGCUGUCCGGCUGCGCACACAUCACCGACCAGGAUGUCAUCUCUGUGCUGCAGUGCUGCAAGAGACUGCGCAGACUCCACCUGGAGAACUGCGUCCGCAUCACCGACUGCUGCCUGCAGGGCGUGGGAGCACACGGGGACAGCCUGCAGGAGGUGAAGGUGGACUUCUGCAGGAACAUCACGCAGGCCGGGCUGCAGAGCUGUAAGGUGAUGAGGCCGGCCGUCCGGCUGAGUGCAGAGAGGAGCGCUGAUAUGAUUCCUGACAUCCAACCUGAGGAGAGGCCGCCACUCAGAAAGUCACUGCAGAAACUCCUGCAGUUUUCCUGAGAGGAAACUGCAUAAAGAAGAACAACAUUCUAGGAUUUUUUAUGUGUUUUUUUUUGUUAUUUAUUUAAUUAAAAAAAAGACAUAUUUACAAUGUUUUCUUUUACCACAAAAAAGUUAUGAGUCUUAUCUUCUUGAAAUUUUAGCCACAUUCACUUUUAAACACUAAUUGUUUUGACAAAUUGCAGUUUUGCUUUUUUUUUAAUGCAUCAAACCAUUCGUUGGCAAAAGAAGCAAAAAAGCAAUACCAACAUAAAAGAAAAAUUUAAGUUAAUGUCUGCAUGCACAAUUUCAAUAAGCAGCAUAAAGCAACUAAGUAUGAUGUGACACUUUAUCAAAAAUAUUUGAUUUUUCUGCAGAUUUUUCUGUAAAAAUUCACAUUAAAAAACAAAAACUGUGCAGGAAGCAGCUUGUUACAACAGCUGGAGGUGGAGAUAUUACCACUAAUAAUGGUGACUGAAUGAUGCAGAUGGAGUUAAAUCUUUUCCUCCUGGUAAUUUUAGCUGAAAAUGUCAAAUUAGCAAUGCAAAAAUAAUUCUGAAAAACAAUAAAAUUCUAUCCAUUCCUCAGUGUUUACUCAAUUUGCUUAAAGUAAUUUUGCUCAAUUGGUUUGUUUCACUACUUUUAAAUCUUUAAGAGUUUAUUUUGUGGUGAUACAUAUGAUAUAAUAAACCCUUACAACUUAUUGUUAUUUUUUAAAUUAAUUUUAUGAUUAUUUUUGAGAAAAUGUAAAAAUAAUAAAUUUCCGUAUUAUUUUUUCUCAUAGUACUGCUUUUAUUGUGAAAUGCACAGACAUCUCGAGUUGUAAGAAGAGUAUAAAUUACAUCAGGCUCCAUGAAUUGAAUGUUAAACUGAGUGUUUAUGAUUUUUUUUAUGACUUUUCUGACCAAACAGGUUAAUUUUGGCUUCAUUGUACCACAAGAUUUUUGUAGAACUUGUUCUGGUAUUUUGUAUCCUUGUGGAAAUUAAAAAGGCUUUCUUAUG